GUGCGACAUGUCCCACCAGACCGGUAUCCAAGCUAGUGGAAGUGUUAAAGACACCUUUGUUGGAGCCAGAAAUGGACAAUACAGGCUUUUAAAAAUAGUCAUUGACAAUGAGCAGCUUGUUGUGGGAUCCUCUAGGCGACCAGUUGGAUCAUGGGAAAAGGAUUAUGAUGCCUUUGUCCUUCCCCUUCUUGAAGACAAGCAACCGUGUUAUAUUUUAUACAGAUUAGAUUCUCAGAAUGCUCAAGGAUAUGAAUGGAUCUUCAUUGCAUGGUCACCUGAUCAUUCUCCUGUUCGUCAAAAAAUGUUGUAUGCAGCAACCCGAGCAACACUUAAGAAAGAAUUUGGAGGUGGUCAUAUUAAGGAUGAAGUCUUUGGAACAGUACAGGAUGAUGUUUCACUGAAUGGAUAUAAAAAAUAUUUGAUAUCACAGUCUUCCCCUGCACCUCUGACUGCAGCAGAAGAGGAACUUCGACAAAUUAAGAUUAAUGAGGUACCUACAAUUGACUUAGGUGUACAGACGGACGUUGGUGUAGAUACCAAGCAUCAAACAUUGCAAGGAGUAGCAUUCCCCAUUGCUAAAGAAGCUAUUCAGGCUUUGGAGAAAUUGAAAAAUAAGAAACUGAAUUAUGUACAACUGCAAAUUGAUAUGAAAAAUGAAACUAUUAUUUUGGCCAACACACUUCAUACUGAACUUAAGGACUUGCCAAAAAGAAUUCCAAAGGAUGCUGCGCGUUACCACUUUUUCCUGUAUAAGCAUGCCCAUGAAGGAGACUAUUUGGAAUCCAUAGUUUUCAUCUACUCUAUGCCAGGGUAUACCUGUAGUAUACGAGAACGAAUGCUCUACUCUAGUUGCAAAAGUCCACUGUUAGAAAUUGUAGAAAGACAGUUGUGGAUGCAGAUAAUUAGAAAGAUUGAAAUAGAUAAUGGUGAUGAGUUAACUGCUGACUUUCUUUAUGAAGAGGUUCAUCCAAAGCAACAUGCUCACAAACAAAGCUUUGCUAAACCAAAAGGUCCUGCGGGGAAGAGGGGAAUACGAAGACUGAUUAGGGGUCCAGCAGAGACUGAAACACCUAGUGAUUAGAAACUGUAGUUUGCAUUUUUAUAAGGUAUUACAGUAAGAAAUGAAAUUCUGGCUUUUGGUAAUAAACUGAAAUCAUUCCAUUCAUAGGCACUAGUUAAAAAAAAAAAAAGCUCUUCUUACUCUUAUGACCUCAACACUUUUUAUAUUGUUACAUGAUUAUAUUUGUUGACCAUGUUUUAUGACAUGUGAAAGAGCUAAUUAUUUUAAAGCUAGAAGAGAAAAACUAAGCUAGUACCCCUUUAUUUUACAUUAGAAUCCAUUAUUUAAUAGCUGUACAUGUGAUCAUAAACUUUGCAGACAUAAGACUAUUAAGCCCAUGUAUUCUGUGGGUAAGUUGCAGCUGUACGCCUAGAUAACAAACCUGUAUUCUUAUGAGUACCCUAUUGAAACCCUUAAGACUUAGCAUGUGGGAAGAGCUGAAGGACUAUAUAGCAUUGUCCUGGAUAAAUCUUUAUUUUUCCUUGUAGCUCUUAUGGACAAUAGUACAAUAGAUGGUUUUCUUCUGUUUUUGACAUGAUGCAUUGUUGGGUUUUGUUGUUUGAUUUUUUGUUUGUUUUUAAUAGAAAAGAUGAACUAAAAUCAAUUAUCCAUCAAUUAAUGUAAGUGUUCCGGAAUAGCUGGAUUUUUUUCCCAUGCAAAAGCAUGGUCAUUUCAAAUUUAUACCUAAUUUUGUGGAAUUGUCUUUUAAAGAAAUCUGACAUAAAACGACUAUAGUUUUUCCAGACUUCUAUACCAUUCAUAAGCCUUACAUAUUAAGUAAUGAAUGAUGAAGUAAAAGGUGAUUAAAAGUGCAUGAGUUAGUAUACUCAGUAGUUUAUGGAGCUGCUUUGAAGGCAAUAUGCUCGAAGUUUCUAAUAAAUAAUGGAUUAUCUGUGCACUGGGGUCUAAAACUGUGUAAAUUCAGUAAAAAUUGAAAUAGACUUGCUUCAUAAUGGUGAGUUAUUCUUGAGAUCCUAGUGUGUUUGCAGUAUCAACUGCAAUUUUAACUUUCAAGGUAUUCUGAAAAUGACUUUUCUUAAAUGUUUGAACCUUAAUAGUAACACAAAUCUGUAACAAAAUCCAACUAGGUCUUGAAUAACUGCUGGCAGCACCUGGUUAGGAUUUUGGGUUGGUUUGUUUUGUUUUUUUUUUUCCUUGUCCAAAAUACUAAAAUCAGCCAGAAUAGUCUAAACUUGAUUGAACCAUGAGUAAUGUGUUUAAUAGCAAGAGGAAAAAUAGAUGAUUUUAGUAAGUGGAUUAAAGAAGAACUAGAUGUGGAAAUCAAGUAUUGGAUGACCUUAAAUAUUUAAAAUUGUGUAAUGAGGCAAACACUAGUGGAUAGAUUAUAUUCCCCAGUGGGGACUUGCUUUUUAGUGUCCUGUAUGUGAGCUUUCUGUUUUUUGAAAUUAUUUUUUUUAAAGCUACAUGGGAGUUGCAAGUCUUGGUUCACUGCAUAUUAUCAUAGGUGCUGGGUACACACAUUAUGUAGCUGAAUCAUGUGUUUACCUGGUGCAAAAUAGAUUUUUAACCGUUUUGUAGGGAAAUAAUGCUUUGACACUACUAGUUCCUGGUAAAAUUUGUUUUAUCUUAUAUAUUAUUUUGUUUGGAGAUACUAGCUUGUUAUUGAUAUCUGAGAUUGCACUAUAUAAUGUGAAGAUUGCAAUAGUUGUUGGUUUUACUGUGUUUUUUUUAUAUGCAGUAGAAAUUUGACACCUCAGCUUUUUUCAUUUAAUCUUAUACACUACAUCAAUCCAAUUCAAUAGCUCUUGAUCCUCAGCUAAUCUCCUGCAUGCCCUUAGCUACUGUGUUCUUUUUCCACCUCUUGCCUUCUCCCUCUAGGGCAAAAAGCUGGUUUCUUCUAUGUACUACCUGUCAGGCAAGCCUCAACGUCUUUUAAAAAUGGCUAAUGUGUGUGCGGCUCAUUGUGCACUGUAAUUAAAUGUAUUUUUAGUUGAACUCUGAAUCUUUUCAGCACACCUAAUUCACUUUGGUUUUUGGUUUGGGUUUUUUUUUUGGGUUUGAGGUUUUUUUUUAAGGAAAACCUCUGAGUGUAGCAGUUAAAAAUUACUGCUAUAGGGUUGUUUGAAUUCAGUAUUCCUGCCCCUGUGUCAGCCAUACCGAGUGCAUAUACAUUUUUAUGCUUAUUUGAGCCAGUAAAGAAGUUCAGCUUUUUAAUACCAAAUGUUUCAAAUAAUGAGCAGUUUGACCUGAUAUGGAUAUGUGCAUGUUGUGUUUUUUGGGUUUUUUUUUUUCCCCCUAAUCCUGCCAUAUGUAAAUGAGGGUAGGAGGUAGAAAGCUUAAUCUGGAGGAUGGUGAGAGCUGGUUAUUAUGCAAGGGAAUUUAGAAUGAGCUGCUUUAGAGUUUGGCCCAAAGCAGACAUUGUAAGUUAUCUUACUUGAAAAGAUUCUAUGCGGGUGUACAAACCCCUGACCAGCCAGCAGAGAGUCAUGUCCUGAGCAUAUUUCCCCCUCACCUUUCCCCUAAAAGAGAAUUGUAUGAAGUCUUGCACUGCCGACUGCCUCUCUGGGCCUCUUGUAGCUAUUCUCAUGACAAAGCAGUAAGAAGGAUCUGAUCUUUUUGUGAGAUCUAUCACGUUUACACCUGUGUAGUUGCCUCACAUACCACUACUGUUAAUGAAUGCUCAGAGCCAGCACAAAAUGAGGGCAUUAAUGAAAGUUAUUCCUUUACUGUCUCUGGUCAUUUAAUAAUUGAAAGUGUCCAUUCAAAUUGUUGUUGGCCUUCAUAAAGCCCGGAAGCAAUGCAGCUGCUUGCAGUUAACUCACAAGCUAUUAAAUAGUUGUUAAUUAACAUGACAGCUAAUUAUUUUGAAAUGUUUAUGUUGCAACAUAGGGAGAAUCUGAUGUUUUAAAACACUCCUAUCAGAGGUUGGUAAAACUAAUCAAGGUAAUAAUUGCUAUAUUACUUGGAUAAACACAUCGAUAAAGGAAACUUUUGAUUCACAGUGUCUAUGUAUUCAAUGCAAACCACCUUCAGAUGCUAAAAUUAACUAA